GCCAACUGAGAGGAAUGGCUCUUACCAUUUUCUAUUCGUUUCCCCAAUCCCUCGCAUAGGUGACAAUCUACUGAGCAGAAGUCGGGCAAUGAACCAAUUUGUCAAGUGGAAAGGCAAAUUUCGGUUAGACCAAUUAAAGUGGACUUCCUCUAGAAGCUGCGAUCCUGAAUAUUCCUGUCGACCGGACUAAACCGAAACGGACCUUUCUAUUUGAUUUGAGUUUCGACCAAAAUUUCUGGAAGUUUUGGUACAUGUACUAUGGAAAGUAUUCCCAGCAAAUCCAUCAAAGAAGAUUUUGUUACAUUUUCACCUUUACACCUGUUUCUAAUUAAAGUAUAAUUGCGUUUGUUUUUAGCUGGUUCAUUUAGCGGGCAGAUGAGUGUCAUCCGGUCAGUGUCUGUCCCUCCAGCUACGCUGCCAGAAUCUUCACUGUCUGUCCAAAGACAGCCACCCAGUCAAUUCAUAAAAAAGUGGAAGCCAUUUGGUUAUAGAAAGCCCCGGCGAAAGAUUAAACACACGGCAGAAGAAAUGUCAAGCAAUUUAUCCGAACAAAUCGAGGAUCCAAAAGAUCAAUCCCGAAAGCGCACAAUAGAGGGGCAGUUGAAGAAUUUGGAAGAGUCCAGGAACAGUAACGCGAGCGGAUUAAUAAAGCAUGACUCUCCGAAAAAGAAGAAGAAAGACAAAGCAAAACAUGAAGUUGACUUGAUGCUGGUUAAAACUGAACCCAAUACAAAUGCUAGUUCUGAGAGCGCGGCAAGAAAUGGAGAAGAACGUUCAGAUUCUCCAAGAAAGAGGAAGGCGGAAAUGAGUGUAAAUGAGCAAAGGGAAGAAGAUUUAGCGCUUACAACGAGCAAGAAAAAGAGGAAGGUCAAAUCUGUAAGCUCGGACAUGAUAGUGAAACAAGAGCCAGUUAUGCCAGGCGAUAAUUCGUCACGUCAUUCUAGGAAGCACCAAAAAGAUGGUGCUGAUCUAGGGGAGUCACCUUCUUUAAAACAAAAGAAGAUCAUUAGUGAGAAUGAAUUUGACUUGGCGCGGGUUAAAACAGAACCCAAAGAAUCACAUAAAAAGAAGAAACAUUCCAAAGCUAAAACAUGCUGAUUAUAUGUAACACUAAGCACUUGAAAAUGUGGCCAAUAUCUCCGAUUAUCUUCCUUACUCAGUAAAAUAUAUUCUCACAAUUACUUUGCCGUUUAUUAGUUAAUUAUUUGGGCCUUUCUUUCUAUGCCUCUCACCAACUGAGUUCGAGGUCCGUACUUAGCUCUUAUUAACCGAGCUGGAGGUCUGUAUGGGAGAAUCUUG